GGCCAAAGACUUGCGCAGCUUUUUGUAGUGGCCAAAGACGUGUGCAGCUUUUCAUAGUGGCCAAAGACUCGCGUAGCCUUCGGCUUGCUACACGUCACUCAAGACUUCAUUUGUGCUCCGCGCGAAGUGAGGAUGGAUCUGUCGGAGACGGUGCCACUGGCUCGUCCAAUGGCGAUCAUGAGAGACGGCAUCGACCAACUCAGUUAUGAUCAAAACUGUGAAUAUCAAUUACUGACUUUCAUGGAGGCGUCUCGCACUCUUUUUGAGUACCUUACAACGUGCCCUUCACCUGCAUGGGUACGAACUAGGCGAGGGUCAAGCUGGGGGGGCAAAAAGGGAAUGGCUACACUGUUAUUGAACAGCAAGAGGGGCACCGUAAGGCGAACAACUAGGGUGAAUUCAGCCCUUGUCGAGAAGGUCAUCGAGUUGUGCGCGAAGCACCGCGAGUUCCUCUUCGCUCAUGCGGUAGAUACAUCCACGCAGAGGGACGACACCAGCCUCGAGAGUGAUCCCGUGACGUAUGGGCCGAUCCGGAACCGUACCGGUGGGAGCCUCGAAGACGUCUCCAUACUCGUCCAAGAGCUUACAGCUGCCCAGGAGUCUAGCGUGCGGGUCAGCCAUGUGGUGGCGAAGCUACGAUCGGCUGCUGCUGAGGAGGUGGUUCCGCCGAUUUCGUGGCUCAGGAGUGUGAUGCAGGGUCUAUUGGAGAUAUCAUUGGGGUUGGAGGAGGGGCCGCCCCCCCAUCUGCAUGCGACCUUGGAUUGGCCACGAGUGGACAGAUUGAUGCAGCGCCACUUUGAGGAGCUUGAGGAGGGGCAAGCUCUGCAUGCCGUGUUGGAGGCCCGAUACUACGACGACGUGGACAACAUCACGGACGACGCCGACAGCGAUGCAAGUGCUAUCAAUAAUCUCUAUGAAACCAGCAACGACAACAAUAACAAUGACCUCAGCAACAACGACAACAACAACAACAACAACAACAACAAAAGCGACUAUAAUAACAACAACAGCAACAAUAACGGUGACGGUGUUCUCCGUGAAGAUGACUAUGACAUUCGAAUCCAAGUCACCCAGGACGACACUACUGCUGAUAACAAUUGUGACAUCGAUUUGGAUGGGAGCAAUCGCAGGGUGCGGCAGGCUUCGCCCUCGAUUCUUGACAGGACCAAUCGCAGGGUGCGGCAGGCUUCUCCAUCGAUUCUUGCCAUUUGGUGGGGUGGAGGCCUGGAUCGUCGUCCUUCCGAUGUUUACAACAACAACAAAAACAGUAUUGACAACAAAAGCGACACUGCUCAGGAGGUGGUCGCACGUGGCACCCUUCUUCCUUCUGAGAGGUUAGACAGCCUUUCAGGCUUUGCGUAUCGAGGGCAAGCUGCAGACGGGUCUGGUUCGCCAGUAUCAACUUUCAACAUUGCUGACCUUGGAUGCUCCUCAGGCAGGAACUCCAUUCAACAGAUGGCCAUGAUUAUUUCARCUAUUCAAAAGAGGUCUUGGAUUCGUUCUGGUGCUGUUGAAAAGGGUCCAACGAAUCAAGSUUGUGUGAUAACCUCGCCAACGAGGCCACCUAGUUGCCGAGACAGGGAUGCAGACAGUUCUGGACAGAAAGGACAGAGGGAGAAUGAUUACCACCAUCAAGAMCCAGAAAAUCAUGGUUGUGUGGUAACCCCACUCACGAGGCCACCUUGUUGCCCCGACAUUGAUGUGAACAAUUCUGGGCUGAAAGGGAUUGGAGGGGAUGAUCACCAUCAUCAGUACCCACGAAGUCCUUUGGAGCAUCACAAUUUCAACGGGACAGUUCCCGAUCGUCCUGCUGCCAUGGUCUUCUUCUCAGAUCUGCCAUCAAAUGACUUCAACACUCUCAUCAAGACUUUGUGUAGUACACCAUACACRUCUGCGCUAUCACCGUUGGGUGGCCCUAGAGGAAGCGCACAAUCGCUCUUCCAGAGAGAAGGGAUACCUGUGGCCGUUCUUCCCGGGUCCUUUUAUGAAAGGUUGUUUCCGCCGCGCUUUCUUCAUUUGGUAACAUGUACCUUUGCCCUGCACUGGAUGUCCAAGCUCCCAGAUGGACUGGCCUUUGCUGGUAGCCACAGAAACUCGGAGCUCUGCAAUCCAGGAACAAUAUGGCUACAUGCAUCACAGUYGCAGGCGUGCAUUGACGCGUACACUGCCCAAGCAAAAAGUGAUAUGGUUAACUUUCUUGCACACASAGCGCAGGAAAUGGUGUCAGGGGGUGUGUUAUGGAUGUUGAUGGUGGGCAGAACAGAUCCGGAUCCCRCAUGUCGAAAUGUGCCWGCRAACUACGGCAAACAAUUUCUAAAACUGCCUGAUGAUGCCUGGCGAGCGCUCAUCGCCAAAGGUUCCUUAACCCAAGAAUCCCUUGAUAGGUUCAAUCUUCCUGUCUAUUUAAGGUCUACAGAGGAUAUCCAGGAGGCAGUAGAUGCCCUAGAUGGACACCCCUUCCAGAUCGAACAUCUCUGUUCUGUUCCCAUUUUAUCACCUGUUGAUGAGCAUUACAGGCAAAAYAGAGAUGAAGAGGAGUUUGCGGAGAAGGUGGUCGGACAAGUGAGAGCUGUAUAUGAGCCAAUGAUAGCAUCAGCGAUAGGGAAAGAAAAUGCCAACAAUCUGAUGGAGGAGAUGAAGACCAUMCURCRCGCAGAAGCGGACCAGUACCUCGGCGAGAGGGUAGGCACAGCAGUUAUACUGCGCCGUAGGUAAUGUGGCAGGCCGGAAUCACAGUAAUGGAGCCUUCAAUCACGUCCCUUCUUACAACACCUGCUGAAUUUUGGGAGUCAAAGGCCUCUUCACAAGUAACAGGACCAUAAUUACACGCACAGACAUGUGCACACACCCCAACAUAUAGACAUGCACACAAUAAAGAUUAUAAUGCUGU